AUGUUGCAACUCAUUCCUGGCUCGGUUUGCGACGUAUGCGCAGAGGAGUAUGGCCCGCAUCGUCCGCCCCAUUCCAUUCCGUGCGGACAUGUGUUCUGCGCGACCUGCUGCUCCAAGAUAAUAGAGAAAACACUACCAAAACACACACCCGCCUGUCCCUUCUGCAGGGAGCAGUUCACCAGGAAUGAUAUCCGACUCAUCAGGUUCGACUACUCGAACACCAGUUGGCCCACACCACAGGGCAAGCCAGCUAUCAUCGAGGAUAUGGCAGGCCAGUUCCCCGCCACGCGACAAGAGGCUCGCUUCCCCGUCGUCGAGGACUCGUUUUCCUCGAAGCCCUCUUCCUCAAGGCGUACCAAGACUGUCCUAGAGACCAAGGUUGCCAAGGUCGCUGCCAAAAAGUGCUCCGUAGAGGAGGUGCAAACAUUGCUCCAGGAGCUCACUCAGUGGUUGGGUCAUGAUGGGAAGCCGGACGACCAGUUUUCGUCCUUGACACUCAGCGCAGCCCUUUUGCGCGCGAUCCUUAUAAACCACUUUGCCCAUGCCGAGGCUACGAAAUCUGCAAAGAGCCUCGAAGCCACGCUUAAAUCUAAGCUGGACCAAAGCGAGAACACUGUCGUUUCUUUGAAGUCGGAGCUCAGAGAACAGGUACAUCCGUCAUCUUCGCGUGUUUGCAACGAGGCAGCUGACUUUUUGUGUCCUGACGUAGCACUCGCUUUAUACCCAAAAAGUACAAGAAUGCCACGCUCUCCGUGCAGAGCUUAGUCGUCCGAAUGGCAAGUCCUCCUCAUCUUACUCGCCCUCUGGUUACGCUCCUACGCGUCCCACUUCUACUGCACCUAUGGCACGCCCGAGCACGGCGGCCCCGGACCGCCG